AUGUCAUUGGAAUGCUGUUAUGUUGGCGGUAACCUAUUUGAAGAAGUCAAGUCUUGUCCAAUAAAUGCAGAGGAAUGGAAAAACCGAGCUCAAAAGAAAAAAUGCCAGGAGCCAAUACCGGAUUUUAUAUGUGCCGCCAUUGAAAAUCGUCCAGGAAUGUUUGGAGAAAUAUGUACCGUGGCUGGGCUAUCGGAACCAGGAUUUUGUGUUAUUUUGGAUGCAACAACAUACAAUUUAAAUUACAUAUAUUGUAACGCAUCAUCUGGUUGUCCGCGAUCAUCCUACCUUUCUGAAGAUGUGUACAAAUGUGGCGUGAGUACUAAUCCUGAAAAGACCGAACGAGAUGAGUCUGUUCAUGCUAUCUCUAUCUCUACGUUCGCAGUAUUCUUAUGUGUUCUAUUUGUAUUUCUUAUGCUUUGGAUGAAAAGAAGAAUAUCGAAACGAAAAAAAGACAUGGAAACUACUGAAGCAGACGAGCAAUCAUUCCUAGAAAACGCAGGUACACAAAAUUUUGACGCAAUGUGUACACAAAAAAUAUCAAUGUUGGGAGUAUAUAUCAAAUGUCAACUUGUAAAAUUAAGUAAAGUUAAGAACCUUCGAUUUUAUAUGGUCACGCAUUCCGAAUCGUUAAAGCUCCAUUUCAAGGAAAACUUCGAUAGAAUGAUGAACUCAAGUACCGUAGAUUGGACUACGUUUGAUUUGGAUACUGUAUACACACUUCUGUCAAACUUUGGUGGCAUAACAUGUCCGAAUCGGGGCUGGGGCUACAAACCAACAAAUAAGGACCUUUCUGUGGGGGCAGACAUUGAACGAAUUAGAAUCUUGGUGAACGAGUACUUGGAUAAUAAAAUGUUUAAUGUGGAAGAGGCUGACCAGAUUAUAGAAAGAUGGAUUUCGCUAAAAAGGGAAGUUGACCCACGUGAUAUCAUUGAUUUUGAUCACGAGACGAAAAUAAAUUAUAGAAAACUCAAUCCAAACAAUGUUGAGGAGAAUGGAACCGUUGUCACACGUGUCAUUGCAAAUAUUCUAGAAAAACUUAAAUCAAAGAAAAUUGUAACAUGUCGCGGAGCCAUUGGUUGCGGAAAAACGACUGCAUUGGAGUACGUUGCUAAAAAGUACACAGAUAACGGAUGGACGAUGGAAUGGAUAGAGGAAUUCAUUGACGAAUCUUUUUUUAACAAUGUUAUCGAGAGCAACACGGACAAAAUUAUUAUUUGUUGUGACAAUUUGUUUGGAUCGUUCGGGUGUCAAGUGUUUUCUGAUAAAAUGUUUGAUAACUUUCACUUGUUUAUGCACUCGAUCCAUAAAAGUGAAAAUCAUAUCAAAGUGUUGCUCGGUAUUCAUGAGCACGUGAUUGAAGAAAUUUCCUCUAAACACUCUCUUGUUUCACAGGAUUAUAAUGCUUUUGUUGAAAUGGAUAGCCUUUCACAGUCAGAAGCAUUACUAAUAUAUAUGAUGCAGCAAGAAAAAUCUACUAUCAAUCCGAAAUAUAUUCCUUUUGAAGAUUUUCUGGAGUUGAAUAAAAAUAGAUCUGAUAAUGUAGGAGCACCUUUCCAGACUUUGAUGAUUUCAGCGGCUCCUGAUGUCUUUGGCACAAGAGCAUUUUGCAAUCAACCGUUUCAACUUCUGAGAGAGCAUUUCUACAAAAUUUUAUGUGACAAUGAGGAAAUUUUUUUUUCACUUUUGUAUGUUAUGUGUGUUGAGGUUUUCGAUAAGAGAGAGGGUGAACUUAAAAGAGGCAUAGUUAAUGCAAUUUAUCCCCGUUUAGACAAAAACAUCAUAGAAUAUUACCUACAAGAAUUAGGCCCGUACAUACAGGAUGAUGGUAACACCGUGGAAAUAAAACAUGAUGGGAUCUCAAUUGCCUUGUUUCAUACAUUCAUGAUGCAAUCGAAUAAACCUUGGUCUAUCUUUGCAGCGUGUGAUAUCCGACGAACUUUGGAACUCAUACGACCUGAUGACCAACGCAAUAAACUUCAUCAUUUUGCUGUUCCUUUGUCAAGGGAAACGCUUCAUGAAGCAAAAACAAUCAUAAAGAAUACAAUUUUUCAUAGUAAUGUAGAUAUCAGAGAGCAUCCUUUUAUGGAGCAUUUUCGUUAACACAAAACUCUCAUCUUUCAACGAAUCAAAUAAUUGACAAUGACUUGAAAAUCCAAACAUUCAAUUGUUUUUUUAACAAAGUCAAAUAUUAGAUAUCCUUAUUUCUUUUUUAAAACUCAAUAUGUCAAAAAUAUAUCAAUUUAAAUGUUAUAAUGCUAUUUUGAAUACGUAAUGCUUGACAUUAAAGUGCUCGUUGAAUUUAUGCGUGUAUAUCGGGUUAUAUUUUCUUUUUCUUAAAUUAGUAUUUUGCCUAUUGCCUUAUUGCAUUAAAUGGAUAUGGCAUCAAGAUCCUUUACAAACAUUAUCAAAAAACAUUAAAUUAUACUGAGACAGUUGACAUCAUCUGAACAUUAAAUACAAUGAGUAUAAAAACAAAGUAGCCCAUUGAUGUUAUAAAGCAAAUGUGAUUAUCUCAUUU